CCUCUGCCCUCCAUAAACCGUUUUGUUACUCUCCUUUCUGAAACACAGAGCCAAACCAUGUUGAUGAUAAAGGGAUAAUUGCAAAUAAGUUUCUAUACUUACCCGAGUAGCAUUAACUAGGGUCCAUCCUAGAAAAAUCAUUGUCAUAAUGCAUCAUGACAUUUGACACAUGCACAUCAUCUUAAUAUGGAAUAACGUCAUAUAAAGUUAUCUUAUCAUCAUAUAUCUUUCAUCGUUGUAUUAUCAUACAUUAUCAUCAUCAUCAUAUAACGUCAUCAUGUAACAUUAUCGUAUCACUUCAUAAAACAUAAUCAUGUCUUCAUAUAUCAUAUAAAACAUAAAUGACACGUGCAGGGGUUACUGGGCACGUGUCGUCAUACAUAAGACAAUUCUUCCAAUUGAGUCGAUAUUAAGAUGGUUAGAUUCGGUUUGGUUCCAUCUUUCAAUAUUCAUCUCUUGCUUACUUAAUACAUCAAUAUCUGAAUUGUGGAUAUUCUAAACAAUCUCAAGAUAAUGCAAAAAGUGAUGAUGAAACUGCGUUCUUACUUGAAUGCCCAAAUUGGGUAUGGUAUCAGAACAGGUUCACACGAUCCAAAUGGUGAAUGGUGGGGUAGGUCUUGGAAUUGGAGUCUUAUCAAUUGAUCCACCUUGGAUUUUCUGGUCACCUUCCCUUUUCAUUCCAGAGCAAAUGUUCUUCCCUGUACUUUUUCCACUACUUUUCCUCUAUAAAUUCAACUUAAGAGCUUUGAGUUAUGAUCAGAAAUGGCUACUCAUUCAGCCCUUCACACUGAGAUACAGCGUAGAGGACCUUGGCUCGAACAUGAAGAUAGGCAGCUCACCAUGUUUGUAAAUCGCAUGGGAGAGAGAAAAUGGGACUCGAUCGCAAAAGCUUCCGGACUUGAAAGAAGUGGGAAGAGCUGUAGAUUCAGAUGGCUCAACUAUCUCCGCCCCAAUCUUAAAUGUGAUCGCAUAAGCAUCGAGGAAGAAGAAAUCAUUCUGAAACUUCAUAAGAAAUGGGGUAACAAAUGGUCGAGAAUUGCACGAUGGCUUCCAGGAAGAACUGAUAACGAGAUCAAGAACUACUGGAGAAGCCACUUGAGAAAAAAGUUCCCCAUUCACCUAGAAGCCUGCAAAGUAAAACAUGGGAAACAGGACAAGCUCUCAUUGAGGCAUGACCAAAAUGAAAGGGACGUUCCCUCCUACAAUCAUUUCGGGUUGUCGAACCUCGAGAUCACAAGUUCGCCAUACGAAAUUCGAUUAUCAAACUGGAUAUCAAAUCAGUUGAUGAACGAGAAGCAGGAAGUGAAUCAUCAUGAAGUGUGCAACAGUUUAGAAUUCUGUUUCUACUAUCCAAAUAUGAAUUAUGCACACAGAGUUGAUCAAAUCGACCAUUUUUGGGAUUCAUUCACUCCUCUUUGGGAUAUUGAAUAGCAAAUCAAACGUUGUCUCCUCCUAAUAUAAUCAACCCGUAAAUAUUUAAAGUGCCAUUGAAAAUAAAAUAUUCUAAGUUGGAAACUUCAACAAUCGACAAACGAUAGGACGUAAUCAUAAAGUAGAAAAGAUAAUAUAUCUCG